AUGGUGUACCUUUUGUUAUUGUGCGGGGUAGUUUUGGAAUUAAGCAUUGUUAAAUGUGCACGAACAAGAUUGGGUUCGAGUUCGGAUACAACAUUUGAUGUGACUAAAUUUGGUGCUACUGGAAAUGGGAGAACAGAUGAUGCUAAAGCAUUUGAAUCGGCAUGGGCAGCAGCCUGCAACAAAAGUUUGGGAACAACAAGUAAGGUGAUUGUACCGAGUGGAAGUACAUUUUUGGUAUCUUCUGUCAAAUUUGCAGGCCCAUGCAAUUCAAGAUCCAUAACUUUUGAGAUAUUGGGAAGCAUUGUUGCACAUCCAAGAGAAGCUUGGGGAAAUGAGGAUGUUGGUGAAUGGAUUUUCUUCCAUCAAGUUGAAGGGCUCUCUGUGGUGGGAAAUGGACAAGGCGUGAUUGAUGGGCAAGGCGAUUCUUGGUGGCGCCACGGCGAUCAAAGUAACUCACCAACAGCAAUGAGAUUUUCUCAUUGCAACAACCUCCACGUCAGCGGAUUGAAACACAUGAAUAGCCAAAGGAACCACAUUUCAAUAAAUGGAUGCAAUCAUGCAAAUAUUUCAAAUCUUCAUAUUACUGCACCUGGAACUAGUCCUAAUACAGAUGGCAUAGACAUCAGUUCUUCCACAAAUCUUAACAUUCAAGAUUGUGUCAUGGCAACAGGGGAUGACUGCAUCGCGAUCAAUGGAGGCACUUCUAGUGUCUUUAUUUCGAGGAUCACUUGUGGCCCCGGUCACGGUAUAAGCAUUGGAAGUUUAGGUAAAAAUGGGAAACACGACGAAGUUGAAGGAAUACAUGUAGAAAACUGCAGUUUUAUUAGGACUCAAAAUGGCGUGAGGAUCAAAUCAUGGCAGGGAGGCGCGGGAUUUGCCAAGAACAUCGUCUUCUCCAACAUAAACUUCGAAUCAGCUGACAAUCCUGUCAUCAUAGACCAAUACUACUGCCCUCACCAAACAUGCAAUAACAAGGUUUCUGGUGUGAAAGUGAGUAAUGUGAGGUACAGUGGACUCCAUGGAACGUCUAUGGCGAAGAAUGCUACAAUAAACUUGAGCUGCAGCGAGACAGUUCCGUGCACCGGUAUACUACUAGACAACGUCAACAUAAAAAGUGUGGAUGCACAUGCUUCUUUAGCACACUGCACCAAUGCUCAUGGAACUGCUCAUGCUUGCACUCCUGCAAUUAAUUGCUUAAAGUCUUGAUUAUCUAACAAAUCUUC